CCCGUCAUAAACACUCGACCUGUCAUGUAUGACUUAUUAUUUAAAACUACUUACCUCUAUACCCAAGUGUCUCUUUAGAUGCUAUUGAUCGUACUUUGACCGAUUUCUCGAAUAACACGAACACAACUAACAAGUCGACCAUGAGUGCGGCAACAGCAUCACGCUCCCCGUUUCAAACUCAUGUCGUUUCCGAUGAGUCGUAUUGCUCACCAUGGGACUUAAAAUCGCAAGAAGAAAAAUUCAAAUUACUCAGUGAAAAACGAUCAACUUCAACAUCCAACACAAUUACGGCACUAACGGAUGCUCUACUCCAUCCAUCUAAUACGAAUCAUCGAACUACAUCUCUAUCAUCAUCAUCAACAUCAUCUUCAUCUAAUAAUAAUAAUAAUAAUAAUAAUAACAACAACAAUAAUAAUAAUCCGUUUCAACGCACUCGUUCAGCACGUACAUCAUCAUCUACAAAAAAAUCAUUUACACUUUGUGAACCUUCACCACCUAUACUUCCUCCGCUACCACCGGGCGGUUUAAUUCCAUUAUCGACGAAUGUAACCUGUCAAUGUGGUAGUACUAGUGCGAAUAACACGCGCAAUCGAUCAUUUAAUAAUACUAUUAAUAACAACAACAACAAUAAUAAUAAUGAUUCAAAUAUUGAAAGUCUUGAUCCAUCUCUGAAGAAAAUCUCCUAUUGUCUCAAUGCACAUACCGUGCGUUCGGGUACGGAUACAUCACGAAGUUUCGUUUUUGCUUCAUCAUCACCUGCAAAUGAACGUUCCCAACGAAUCAAUACUGCACCAGCUAAAGUUGAUCUUUCACAUAUUGUUGAAAAUCAACAAGAGCCCAUAAAUACAACUUCACAAAAUAGUACGAUAUCUUCAUUAUCAACAACAACAACCUCAUCAUCAAUCGAAUCACCAUUGAUAACAGACGAUACUAAACCAAUGUCAUUUGAAGUAGGUCCUUUUCUGA